AUGCCGCCAGUUGACUCUCAAAUCUUCCCGAAUCCACCAACUGAUGACCCUUCCUAUCAACCGCCGUCACCAAUCCAAGCUCAAGUACGGCAUCGAGCAAGUGUGUUGGGUAUAAUGCCCUCAUCAGCAUCGAACCCGGCAGGGCACCAGCAUCCUCAGCCUAGUGGUCUCCUUGAUGGUCGUGAGAUGGGAAUUUUUGACGAUGCCGAAAUGCAGCAUGGAAUGGUUCGAAAUCACGUUGGCAGAAGAAGAUCAGAGCCUGGCCCUGGCCGCCAUCCCCACGCCCGCUCCCGCUUCCGCCCCCGCUCAGCGCCUAUAACCAUCCGAGAACAUGGCUUUCCUUCAGGCGAGCGCAUGUCAUACUUUUCCAGACGCAACAGAAGUCUCUGGACCGGUCUGUCCAGCCGGAGUCCAUCGCCAUCGCCAUCUCCAUCGCCUCCGCCGCUACCGCCUCGGACAUCGACACCGCCGGGGGCUCCCACAAGAAGACCGACCCUGACACAGACACAGAUGCCGGGACAGUCGCAAAGACGGAUAGAGGGGCUAUCUGAGAAUAUACAACUUCUCGAAAACAUCACCCCACAGGAACGCUGGCUCGAGACGACGUGGAAAAAACACAAAAAGACUCGCAACUGUUCGAAAGCUGAUUAUGAUUUUUUGAUGGAGCAAAUUGAACCGCUUACCCAACUGGGUGAAGAACAGGAAAAGCUGGAGUCUGCUAUGCAGAACAUGUCGACAUCGGUAAAGACGCAAGGGCUGAGGAUUUGGUUCCGCAUGUGGGUGGCGUGGGUGCCCAGGACAACGGCUACAUCGAAUGAUGAGGGUUCAGAGGACAAGCUGGACGAGAUAAGUAGAGAGGUUGUGGAGUGGGAUAAGGCGUGCCUGAGAUGGGAGAGGCAGGAGUUCCUUAAAUGGAAAAAGCAGACUUGUGGGGUUGAAGAUGUCGGUGCCAUUGUUGACCGGAACUUGGAAGAAGAAGAGAUCAGAUGCCUGCUUGAAAAACAGGUGCAAUGGGCGUAUGAGUUGGAUAAUUUGGAUAUUUCAAGCCAGGUGGCGUGGGAAAUGCAGUUGAGCCACGGUAUCAGGUCGGCUUUUCUACGUCGAAAUGAUGACGGUCGUCAUGGUCAGGACCUUAUCAGGAAACCGGGCAAUUUUGUUGUGCCGGCGUUCAAUGCAAGGGACCUCUUGGAGUUGCCCGAGCUGUGGGUUCAGUUGGCUCCUGGUGAAGCUGGGCCAAGGAAUGGGGAUACGCCGAUGGGAAAAGGGGGAAUAUUUGUUACUAAUCACCCACCUUUCUUGCCGACCUGCAUUGUCUUUGACGGUCUGAGGUUAUAUCGGACAGGGAAACUCUAUGCUGGAUACAUCGAGUACCGCACCCGCGACUUGGAAAAUGAGAGCGCGUCGAGGGUUCGUCUAAUACUCUGUGUCCACCGACAUCCUCACAAGCUUGGACCGGGUAAUGGGAACAAAAAUGGGGAGCGUUAA